AUGAGAAAUGAGCUGGAGCGGCGACGUUUGGGAAUCGGAACAUUUGGAGGUGGAAAGCGUUUAACAAUGACAAAUUUGAAGAUAUCACCUCUCCACCAUACUCAUCGCAAAGCAGUUGCGAAAGAGGAGACUUAUAACUUGUUUAUAGAGGAAAAACUUCAAGAUUUGGCCGAUGAUGUUAGCCGAAGUUGCAGACGACAUCAAAAAGUCGAUAAAGCACAGAAUAUUGUAUUUCGAAAACAUUUUGAGAUUCAGUGAGUUUUCAAGGACUUUAAAAAUCGCAAUAAGGACUGGAUGGAUGAACGAUUGAAGUGUGCUGAUAUGUAUAAGCAGAUCAUUAUCGGGAAAAAUCACAUC